UGUUUGAUACAGAGUAAAUAGCCAUCCUUAAUUUACGUUUCAUGGUCAUUGAUGCCCCCUGGUUCUUGUGUUUGCUUGCAGAAGCGUCGAUUAAUAUUUUGUUGGAAGUGGACAACCCUGUCAAGGUUCUUGUAAACACUUCAGUAGUGUACCUACGCUGGAACUAUACCAUUGCUGGCGAUGAGGAAUUUAAGGAGGUUGAUUUCCAUUUUGGUGCAGACAACGUGUACAUUGGGUAUAUUGAUACCCGUGGCCUUAAAGUUUCUUCAAAGUUCAAAGAUCGUUUUAACUUGGAACGCCCAGGCACAUUGAUCAUUUACAAUGUGACUGCUUCAGAUACAGGGAUAUAUACAAUUGCUGUCAAGACCAGGGAAGCAACAAAAGUGGAAAGCAGCGUCUAUCUUGAUGUCCUUGUUCCAGCAAGUUUUAUCAGCAAACCAACUAACGAGACAAUCAAUGAAACAGAGACAGUGACGUUCAUGUGUGAUGCAUCUGGUAACCCAACCCCUAACAUUACAUGGUUCAGAGGUGGACAAACUGUGGCCACAGGCAGAACACUUAGCUUUCCAGCCUUCAGGAAUCAGUCAGGAUACUACUUGUGUGUUGCUGACAAUGACUUGAAUGUGACUCCGAAUGCCAGUGCUUAUCUUGAAGUGCAUUGUAAGUUUAAAUCAGUCAGUCUUAUUCUCAUGUACAAGGUUGUGCAGAUAUGA